GCCGCCGCAGCCCGGAAGGCGAGGGAGGCUGGCGAGGCGGGCCCCCAACCCUGCGCUGCGGCCGCGGCGACGCCGAGGACCGUGACGGUGAGCCCCGCGCCGCCCGCCCGCCUGCCUUGCUCUCCUCUCCCUCCUGGAGUCGCCCGCCCCGGCUUUCUCCGACCAGCCUGUGCGCCCGGAACAGCGGCAACACCAUGGCGCGGUUCCUGAGACUCUGCACUUGGCUGCUGGCACUCGGCCCCGGGCUCCUGGCGACCGUGCGGGCGGAAUGCAGCCAGGACUGCGCGACGUGCAUCUACCGCCUGGCGCGUCCGACCGAUCUCAACCCACUGGCUUGCACACUGGAAUGUGAAGGGAAGCUGCCUUCUCUCAAGACCUGGGAAACCUGCAAGGAGCUUCUGCAGCUGUCCAGGCUGGAGCUCCCUCCAGACGGCAGCAGCGCCCUCGGCAAACAGGGGGACCGCUUGCUCGCUAAGAAGUACGGGGGCUUCAUGAAGAGGUACGGAGGCUUUAUGAAGAAGAUGGAUGAGCUGUAUCCCCUGGAGCCGGAGGAAGAGGCAAAUGGAGGGGAAAUCCUUGGCAAGAGAUACGGGGGCUUCAUGAAGAAGGAUGCGGAGGAAGACGACGCCAUAGGCAAUCCCUCCGACCUGCUGAAGGAGCUGGUGGGAGCGGGGGACCAGCGAGAAGGGGCUCCCCACCAGGAGGGCAGGGAUGACGCAGACGUGAGCAAGAGAUACGGGGGCUUCAUGCGAGGCUUAAAGAGAAGCCCCCAGCUGGAAGACGAAGCCAAGGAGCUGCAGAAGCGGUACGGCGGCUUCAUGAGAAGAGUGGGUCGCCCCGAGUGGUGGAUGGGCUACCAGAAAAGGUACGGCGGCUUCCUCAAGCGCUUUGCAGAUUCCCUGCCCUCCGACGAAGAAGGUGAAAGUUACUCAAAGGAAGUUCCCGAAAUGGAGAAAAGAUAUGGAGGAUUUAUGAGAUUUUAAUCCCCUUUCCCAUCAGUGAGCCCAGGCCCCAGCAAGCCUUCCUCCACCCCCCAGUGAGACACUGCUUCGCCGGUCGUGUUGUAUUGUCCUGUGUUGCUUGCAUUAUAUAGUUGACUUGAUUGUCUGGCUAACUUAACUGUACAACCUGAAAGCUGUCAUUCCAUGUCCUGUGUUCUUUUGAGAAUCCUUAAGCCUUCAAGUAUUGGUCUCUUGCAGCUGUCUUGUUUACAUGCUCAAAUAGUUUUUGGUAUUACCUUGUCCUUUAUUUUUGACAAGACGCCAAUAAAUGCAUACUUGUGUGUAGAUAUAAUAAACCCGUCACCCCAACUGCACAACAUUCUUGCAAGUUUCUUCCCCUCCAGAGCUCUCAUUCGCCCUUAGGUUUCCACCGCAUAUCCUAAACUCACAGACAGUGAAACCAUCCGCUUUCAACAGAAGUAUCACUGGCCUACUCCUCUUCCAGCUGCUGAGGCUGCAAAAACAUUUUUCAUUUAAUUCCUUGUAUAUGACACCUUAGAUGAGCAAACACACAGUAGCAAAGCAAAAUGUAUUUCCACUCUCGUUUCUGGAAUUCAGAUACAUGAGGAAAAACCAAAGCCUCAUAAAGAUACAAAGUGUACCCUCCUGUAUAAGGAACUCUGCAUUUACAUCCAAAUAUGUAUGUCUCUUUUCUUCAGCAAAAUAUUUUAGAUGUUAACUUAAAAAAAAAUUAAAGAUAAUUUAGCCCCAUUUUACAAAUACAGAAAGUGGAGCCCAGAAAGGUCAAUUCAUUGGCCCAAGAUUGCCCCGCAGUUGAAGGAUAGAAAUGGAAUUAAGACCCCAAACCUCUUGCUCCCAAGCAAUGUCCUUUCCACUCCAGUUCCCUGUCUCUCAUCCAGGCCACGACCAAGAAUCGGAAGGACGUGGGUCUCUAUCUCGCUCACUGUUUUCCAGCCCUACACCACAGCCGCGGUGGGUCCUCCAGUAUCUGAUGAAUGGACAGAUGCAUGAAUGGAGGGAUUUGGCGACCAGAUCACUGGGCAAGGUAUUAUGAAUAUUUUGGAAGGCAAAUUCUCAUCACACAAGGAGUUUAUGACUCCUUCACAUUAAUUAAACCAUUUGGGACAAUAGUCAGGUACAAAAAAUGUAACAUGUCUUUGUUUUUCUAAUUGAAACCACCUGCAGCUAAAUUCCCAUCCACUGAGUCAUUUUCCCAGGACCCUCACUCAUCCUCUCCUUUGCGUUCUUCCCCCCAAAUCAGAGUUCAGCAACUGAGGGAGACAGAGGAAGAGCCUCUGCUCUGCAACCCAGGUCUGUGCAAGACCAUGGGCUGCAUCCCGAUGGGGCCGCCCACCGCCCCUGAGUCCAGCCCUGCUGGGUUCCCGGGACCUCCCCACGGCCAUGUGCUGUCCCCCCGAUCAGUGCAAGGGCUCACAGGCCCCUGCCACUCACUGAUCCCCACCAGCAUCUAUCUCAUCUCCGUGAUCUUUGACAAACUAACUUCCAGGCCAGAGCCCUCCUCCUUUUGAACUAGAGAUGCAGAUAAUGUAAGCGUUUGAAGCAGGUUGGAAAGGAGCUGAUAAACAGCAGCAGGCCUGUGGAAAUCCGUGUCCGGAGCAGUAAGAAAUGAUGGGGCUGAAACACAUCAGAGAUCUUAGGUUUCCAUUCAACCUGAGCCAACUCUUUCCCUUGGAAACGCCAGCCCAGUACUUUUCCAAAGAAACCUGAAACCUCAAUUUUCAUGAUAAUAUCUCAAGUUCUUAAUUUCGGCCUAUUGAUUCCAUUUAAACCAGUGUGGCCCAAACAAAACCCAUCUGCAGGUCAGAUUUGACAGACAAGGGGCUAGUCCUUUGAGAGAAAAAAAGUCACUUAAUUCUCUCCCUUGGAGACACAAGAAGGAGGAGAUAUGGGGAUAUAUGUCUAUGUAUAGCUGAUUCACUUUGUUAUAAAGCAGAAACUAACACACCAUUGUAAAGCAAUUAUACUCCAAUAAAGAUGUUAAAAAAAAAAAGUUCUCUCCCUUAAAACUAAGGAUGCCCAAAUCUGAGAAACAGAAAUCCAGCCUGCACCCCAGAGACAGUAAGAGUAGAAUGACUGGUUCCUUCCCUUUAAGACAAUAAUCCAAUUAUUAUGUUACAGUAAAACAAUAUGUGUACAUAUAUAUCUCACCCAAUAUGUAUGAGAAA